CUAUGUUUGGGAACAAAUAUUCCACGGUUUCACCUUGUGAAUAGUGCCAGCGUCACGCGAUGCAGUGCUUGUCGCAUAGCUUUGGCAUGACUGGUGGUCAUAUGAAAACUCAAGUUAACCGUGGUUCGAGAGUUACUUUUGGCGCACCAGUUCGCCGCACGACACGUCUGCGCGUGGUUGCGAACGCAUCGCUUGCCGCCGCUGCUUCGGGUACCGCUGUCCCCAAAAACUCUAUCCUGGUCGUGGGAGCAACUGGCACCCUUGGUCGUCAGAUUGUACGCCGAGCCCUGGACGAUGGCUACGACGUUCGCUGCUUAGUACGCCCUCGCCCUAACCCAGCUGACUUCCUGCGCGAUUGGGGCGCAAAGGUGGUCAAUGGAGAUCUCACGGACCCCAGUUCCAUCCCGGCCUGCCUGGUGGGAGUCAAUACCGUAAUCGACUGCGCAACAGCGCGGCCCGAGGAAUCCACUCGUAAAGUGGACUGGGAGGGCAAGGUCGCUCUCAUCCAAUCGGCUCAGGCCAUGGGCAUCCAGCGCUACGUGUUUUUCUCCAUCUUUGAAUGCGACAAGCACCCGCAGGUUCCCCUCAUGAACAUCAAGUCCUGCACCGAGCGCUUCUUGGAGUCCUCGGGACUGGACUACACCACCUUCCGACUCUGCGGCUUCCACCAGGCUGUCAUCGGCAACUACGCGGUCCCCAUCCUGGAGCAGCGCGGUGUGUGGGGCACCAACGACGAGACGCGCACCGCCUACCUGGACUCGCAGGACGUGGCGCGCAUGACGCUGGCGGCGCUGCGCGCCGACAAGACCUCCCGCCGCACUCUGACGCUGUCGGGUCCGCGCGCUUGGAGCACCCGGGAGGUGAUCGAGCUGUGCGAGCGCAUGGCGGACAGCAACGCAAAGGUGACCACGGUCCCCACCUGGCUGUUGAAGCGCACGCGGGGGGUACUGCGGGGGCUGCAGUGGGCGGCGGAUGCGGCAGACCGACUGGCGUUUUCCGAGGUGCUGUCUAACAACGAGGUGUGGAGCUGCGACAUGGCGGACACCUACCGCCUGCUGGAUCUGGAUCCGGGCAGCGUGACCGGGCUGGAGGACUACCUGCAGGACUACUUCUCGCGCAUCCUGAAGAAGCUCAAACAGGUGGGGGCCGCCGCGGACCGCACCAACUUCUACGUCUAAGCGACCGCGGCCGCGAGGGAAGCCGCGUCGCGCGCAAUCUCUUCGUCUGGACGGGCACCCUCCUCCGUGAUGCCCCCCCCCGGGCCCCGGGACCUCCCCGUGCCUCCCCGUGCCUCCGGCGGCAUGGCACGCACUUGGUGACGGCAGGGCGCAGGAGAGGGGGGGCUGCGCCGAGCUCGGUGAAGCGGCUAGCUGGCUCGCGAGCAUGGGAAAGGGUAUUGGGAAGGGAGGGGUAGACUACAAGGACGGCGACCGAGUGCCUCGUGGGCUGCGAGUGCAGCCUGUAGCGGAUAGGGUGCGAUGCUUGGUGGCAGGCAAGGGCCGAGCGCGUGGGAGGUGAUGGUGUUGGGAGGGUGAUGCAGUUGAAGGAGUGGAACAGAUGUGUUAACAAGACUGGCCGUGGGCCGGGCGUGUGUGUGGGUCGCGAGGGUGCUGCUUUGCACAUUUUGCAUGUUUCAAGAAAACGGAGAGUCGAUGUGAUGAAAGAGAGGCACAUAGGGGUCUAUUUGUAUCUUAAACAAUUUUGGAAGGGAAAAACAAUUUUGGAAGGGAAGUGACUUUUUGAGGGAAGCGAUUUCGGACAGAGAUGUGCGCGAAAUAUUUGGACAGCACGCAAGGGAGACGCAAGAGGAAGAGGCAGUACGGGAG